AUGAGAUUUUUUGCAAUCCUUGCUUUAACAUUUGUCCUUUCAGCAUGUGCUCAAUCAAGUGGAUUUUGGAUGCCAACACUAUACCGUGUUCAAGAAAGACUUGGAGAAGUUGCUAUGAGAUUAGAUGAAGUUGAAGAUGAAGAAAGACAUGUCGGAGAUAUGAUUGAUGAAAAUAUUAAAGAUUUAGAAAAUGUGAUCACAAAACGAGAAAAGUAUAUUAUUGGAAGAAAAUUAACACAUUUAAGAUCUAAAAUGGUUGUUUACCAUACAAAGAAAUUAGCCCUUCUUAGAGUUAUGAAGAAAAUUGUUAAAAACAUCCCAAGAAAAUUCAGAGCUAGAAUGAUUAGAAGAUUAAGAUUAGAAAAGAGAUUCAACGCUAUUAGAGAUAUUGCCCGUGAUGCUAAGUAUGUUCUUAAGUCACAUGGACAUAUUUCACAUAAAACAGAUACCAAAAAAACUCUCAAGAGAAUUGGACAUGGAAUAUACAAAAAUACUAAAGGAAAGAAAUAAUUAAUCUUUUGUCUCUU